CCGGUGACGUAUCCGCCGCUCCGCCGUCCGCUCUGGAGGUUGUCAGCUUCAUCGGCAAAACGGUCGGCGCAGGCGCGGCACUGACAGCUGCUGUCUACUUACUCCGCAAAGUCUGCUUAAUAAUGGCCUGGAAAUCAGGAGGAGCCAGCCACGCAGAGCUCGUCAACAACCUCCGCAAAAAUGGCAUUAUUAAAUCUGACAAGGUCUACGAAGUCAUGCUGGCCACAGACCGAGCACAUUUCUCUAGGUGUAACCCUUACAUGGACUCGCCGCAGUCAAUAGGCUAUCAAGCGACCAUCAGCGCCCCACACAUGCACGCCUAUGCCCUGGAGCUUCUACAUGACCAGUUGUAUGAGGGAGCGAAGGCUCUGGACGUCGGCUCCGGCAGUGGGAUCCUGUCGGUUUGCUUCGCACGAAUGGUGAGCCACACACGUGACGGAUUGACUGCGUUCAACGUUGUGAACGUCGUGAUUGAACUGAGCACGCCCCCCACCCUCUCUUCAUCCCUCUGCGCUUUACAGGUAGGUCCUAAAGGGAAAGUUAUAGGAAUCGAUCACAUCAAAGAGCUGGUAGAUGAUUCUAUAAACAACGUGAAGAAAGAUGACCCCAGUUUGAUAACAUCGGGCCGAGUCAAGCUAAUAGUGGGAGACGGGCGAUUGGGCUACACUGAGGAGGCGCCGUAUGAUGCCAUCCACGUUGGCGCAGCUGCACCCACCGUUCCCCAAGCUCUUCUGGACCAGUUGAAGCCCGGCGGGCGGCUGAUCCUGCCCGUAGGUCCGGCGGGGGGAAAUCAGAUGCUGGAGCAAUAUGACAAGAUGGAAGAUGGCAGCACCAAAAUGAAACCCUUGAUGGGGGUGAUUUAUGUGCCUUUAACAGACAAAGACAAGCAGUGGUCCAGGGAUGAACUUUGAAGAGGAACGCAGUCCAUAAUCCACCUUUUAAGUUUGAACCUGGAGAAAACUUGGAAUGGGUCGGACAGCCCUUGACAUUUUGUUCAAAGCAUAACAAACGUGCUCUCUUUUUUUUUGUUUGUUUGUUUAAUUCUAACAAUGGACUAGAGUUUCAUAUUUGAUGACGGCCCCGAGGGGCUGCGAGGAAAGACUGCUUGACGCUCUGCACAGAAAUAUCGGAGAGAGAUUUAUUAUUUUUGUUUUUGUUUUCCAGGCCUGCAUCCUUUUUGGUUUGUGUUCGUUUAAACCGCUGGAAUUUUAGGGUUUUUUUUCUUUUUUUUCUUUUUGUGGUUUCACCAUUUGAUUUGCAGUCAAACAUUUUUCACAGCAUUACAUUUCAGCAGCAUCAAAGCUGAAUGCAGGAGGAACCCCGGACAACCAAGACGAAGAACGCCUGAGCUUUUUAGAUAAAUCACCUAGCUACAGUCUGUGUGUGUGUGGAUCAUAAAAACUGUAGACUUCUCUGCUAAAGUAUGAGCUUUCUUCCCAUGGCAUCAGUGUUAAGAACACAAACACACACAUAAAUUAACACUCAAAGGCUGAUGUAAACCCCCACCACACACACACACACACACACACACACACACACACAUCCUGUUUGAUGUGCAGCACUCUUAGAUCAUUCUACACGUAAAAUAAGUAUCGGAUCGUACCGAACAUACUCCGAAGGGAGCAGAGCACUAAUGACACCGACACAUGCGCACGCACAUACAGGGCUGUGCUUUCCACUUGAUGUGUUGCUUUCUGCCGCUGGUUUCCAUUAACAAUUUGUGCAGGCUCCUCUGGUGACUGACACUAAAUGGGGAAAGUCACUGCUUUGCCAAAAUAAACUCCAACAAUAUAAAGCAAAUGAAUGUCUGUUUUCUUGAUGAAAAAAAAAAAUCAUUAAAUCAAAAAAAAAAAAAAGCACAUUUUAUUUUGGGUGAUCUGAGUGAUGGAUUAUAUUUGGCUUUCACAGUUGCUGGAAUGGCAUAAAAAUAAAGAGAUGCUUAUGUUUUUGUC